AUGGGGCCGUGCGCCGCCGCCGUGGUCGCUAUUCUGCUCGUCGCCACCUGCGUCGCGGCGGCGCCACCGUUGCAGCAGCAUCACAAGCCCGGCAGGAUCUCAGGGAACGCGGUGGGCGUGUUGGACGACGAUCCCGUGGGGAAGCUGAAGGUGUUCGUGUACGAGAUGCCGCGCAAGUACAACAAGAUGCUGCUGGACAAGGACAGCCGGUGCCUGCACCACAUGUUCGCGGCGGAGAUUUUCAUGCACCAGUUCCUGCUGUCGAGCGCGGUGCGGACGCUGGACCCUGAGGAGGCCGACUGGUUCUACACGCCCGUGUACACGACCUGCGACCUGACGCCGCAGGGUUUCCCGCUGCCGUUCCGUGCGCCGCGGAUCAUGCGGAGCGCCAUCCGGUACGUGGCGACGACGUGGCCGUUCUGGAACCGGACGGACGGCGCCGACCACUUCUUCCUGACCCCGCACGACUUCGGCGCGUGCUUCCACUACCAGGAGGAGCGCGCCAUGGAGCGUGGCAUCCUGCCGCUGCUUCGUCGCGCGACGCUGGUGCAGACGUUCGGGCAGCGGAACCACGUGUGCCUGCAGGACGGGUCCAUCACCGUGCCACCCUACGCCGACCCGCACAAGAUGCAGGCGCACCUCAUCAACCCGGGCACGCCGCGCUCCAUCUUCGUCUACUUCCGUGGCCUCUUCUACGACAUGGGCAACGACCCCGAGGGAGGGUACUACGCCAGGGGCGCGCGCGCGUCGGUGUGGGAGAACUUCAAGGACAACCCGCUGUUCGACAUCUCAACGGAGCACCCGUCCACGUACUACGAGGACAUGCAGCGCGCCAUCUUCUGCCUGUGCCCGCUGGGGUGGGCGCCGUGGAGCCCCCGGCUGGUGGAGGCGGUGGUGUUCGGGUGCAUCCCCGUCAUCAUCGCCGACGACAUCGUGCUGCCCUUCGCGGACGCCAUCCCAUGGGAGGACAUCAGCGUGUUCGUGGCGGAGCGCGACGUGCCGCGGCUCGACUCCAUCCUCACCUCCAUCCCGCUCGCUGACAUACUCCGGAGGCAGCGCCUGCUGGCGCGGGACUCGGUGAAGCAGGCGCUGCUGUUCCACCAGCCCGUCAGGCCCGGGGACGCCUUCCACCAGGUGCUCAACGGGCUGGCGCGCAAGCUGCCGCACGGCGAGGGCGUGUUCCUCCAGCCCGGGGAGAAGGCGCUCGACUGGGAUGCCGGACUCGAGAGCGACCUCAAACCGUGGUAG